UAUGUCACCUGCUAUUUAAAGAAUUAAAAAUUCUGCAAUUUUUGGCUCAUUUUUUAAAUGAAUUUCAAUAUCCAAGCAACUCAGUUAUUAAUAAAUCACUUUAUGAAUAUUCAUUCCAUCUAAUUCAAUAGAACAACCAACCAAAUAAUCGUUUCUACGAGUCAUUUGAUCGAUACAAGUACAUAGAAACGUCGCUAAAAAAUCCCUGAAGAGCAUCUUGCGGUUCCUAACCUCAAGUUUCAUCCAAUCAUCCAGUUCAAGUAACAAGAUGGUGGAAGUGCUAUAAUAAGAAAACCCGUCGGCUAAUCGCAAAUACGUCGUAUAAUGCGUUUUACGCGAAACCUCUAACCGCAUAACGAUCGCAUCGCAACAGCCAGUGCACCGAAAAAUCCGAUUUAAUGCGCUGCAAGACGACCGUCUCGGCAUUAUCGCAGUGAGAUAAGAAUCGCCCGUUAUCAGCCCCUUAUUAUUCGCAUCUCACACUCCGAACGAUGUCGUCGUUGCUCUGCAAGAACUCCGUCGUCAGGAUAUACCAGGAGGUGAUCGACGAGGUGAUAUCCGGCGUGCGGGAGCACUUCCUCGAGGACGGCAUCGACGAGUCCGUCCUGCAGGAGCUGAAGCAAACGUGGGAGACCAAGCUGAUGAGCACGAAGGCCGUGCAAGAGGAGCCCGUCGAGAAGAAACGCAUCGAUCACAUCGCCAGCAACGGCUUCCCGAAGCCCCUCAACAAUCCCAACGCCCCAGCCAACGCCCCGCCACAGGCCCAGCCGCAAUCCGCGCCCGUGCAACCGCCUCUGCAGCACCUCGAUAAAUUAGUUCCGAUUCAAAUAACGCUGCCCCCGCAGCCCGGCUCGGACGGCAGCCAGCGCGUCCUCACCAUCCAAGUGCCCGGCUCGGCCUUGCAGGGGAACCAGCUGCAGAAGGUGCUUACGGGGCCCGUGAUUACGGCGACGAUGGGCCUGCCGGCGCACAUCGCUUCGUCGCUGUUGCAGCAGCACGUCAACGCCGCUUUGAACAGCCAACAGCAGGGCGCCGCCGUGGCGAUUGUGAAUAAGAACGUUAUACAGACCGACGGGGCACUGGACGGGGGAGAAUGUUCGAGGGGAGAGGACCUCGAGAGUGAACGUAGGGUUAGGUGCGAUAGGGAAUUGGAGGAUUUGAUCGAAGAGGGUGGUAUUAGUAUAGAGAUUGUUGUGCCUAGGAACAGGAAGAAAGUUAAAGAUACGAAAAAAAAGAUUGUCCAAACCGAUGGACCGCACGAUACUUCCGAUGACGACGAUGACGGCUCAGAUGAUGAUAACGACGACGAUGAUUUAGACGAUGAAAAGGAUGAGGAUGAUCAGGAAAUGGAAGAUGAAGGUGGGGAAGAAGAACCGCUAAAUUCAGAAGAUGAUGUCACAGAUGAUGAUCCAACGGAUUUGUUUGAUACGGACAAUAUAGUUGUGUGCCAAUAUGACAAAAUCAUAAGGAACCGUAACAGAUGGAAAUUUUAUCUGAAAGAUGGCAUUAUGAAUCUCAACGGGGCCGAUUUCGUUUUCCAAAAAGCCACCGGCGACGCCGAAUGGUAGAUAUCUUAGUUGUAUAGUUUAUUGUAAUUAUUUUGAGUUUUGUUACAGUGAAAAAAUAAGCGCAUGUAACAGUGUACAGGUUGUUGUUUUAAGAUGAAUGCACCAUACAUUAAAUUUACUUAAUUAUUAGCCUACACGAGGAGCUCUGUCUCUCAUAACUCUGAACAAAAUAGGCAUAUUAUGAAUUAUUGUAAAAGAAAAAUUUACAUAGGCGACUUUUUGUCUUCCUUUUGAAGCGAAAUGAUUGCGACAGGUUUAAGUGCAAAUUAGUAAUGCAGAAAAUGUAUAAAUAUUUGUCAAGUCUGCUGCCUUUCAAUAAUAAGUCUGGUAGGUAGAUGUAGCAAGGUAAAUAGCGAAUUAUUAUUAUCAGACUGAAUUAU